UCACACUCCUUCCAGCACCGUAUUCGUGGUGGAACUGUGGAAGGCCGGAAACUGCAGCAAAGGCGCCGCUCUUCUCUCUGAAAUGAGUCUUCUCGGGAAUGCAAUCAAAUGGAGCUUGGUUCUUCGAACUUCCAAGCCAAACCAUCAUUCCAUCCCCUCGUUUUUACGCCAAACCCCCAAAGGUUUCUGCACUGAAAUGGCGAAACCGUCGCCGCCACCGCCACCAUCAGUCGAGGAUGCCUCCGCCGAUGAAUUUCUUAAAACACCAAAAACGGGUCUGGUGUAUGGGAAAUUAUCGGGAAUCAGAAGAAAUGCGUUGAAGAGUGACAUUCUCUAUUUGAUUGAUGGAUGCAACUUGACGCCUGAUGAUAUAAAAGUCAACUACACCAAGAGCUUUAUGCCUGUUGAAAUGAUAGUGCAAUUCCCUUCACGUUAUGACUUCGAUAAGGCAUCUAGGUUGAUUCCUAAGAAGAGUCGCUUCCACAGGUUGGACAAGGCUGACCGUUCCCUGUGGGAUCUUCUUCCAAGUUAUGAUGGGAAAACUGUUUUACUGCAAGGAAUACCUCGAAAUGCCAUUCCAGAUGACGUGGAGCGCUUCCUAUCUGGUUGUGACUAUGAUGCAUCCUCCUUUCAGCUUUUAGGAAGGUCGCAAGAUUCCUUCAAAAUGGCAAUGGUGCGCUUCCCCACACAGACCCAAGCAAUGAAUGCGUUCAUUACAAAGAACAGAACCUUCUGUCUCAAUAAUCAAAUUUCAGUUAGAGUUCUCCAGUAAUGCAGGGGCAGUUGCGUCCCAGAUAAUGCUACUUAAUUGUGCUUUUAAAGUUCAAUGUGAUGGUAGAAUGUUUGGUUUCUCAUUGACAGUUGCUGGUUUUCUUAUUUGGACUCCUAUUUGGACUUCUUUAUUGUUGAGAGGCAUUUGAGUUCUUGAGGAGAUGGGAUAAAAUCAUAAAAUGUAUUGGUUCCAAAUGUAAACGAUGAUGAUGAUUUUGUAACUUUGGUUUGAAGAACAUUGGGACAAUUAUCACUUGUGAAAUCGUUACAUAUUGGCAAUAUAUCAUUUUUAUGUUCUUA